AGGGAGAGAACGUCACAGUUUGUCCAGAACCGGGGUGGGAGCUCGAACCCUCUUCAAAACCCUAGUUUUCUACACAAUUUCUUCUUAAAAUCUGGAAGUCUUCCUAUAGAUCCGCUCUUUCUCUUCUAGGAGUUUGCCCUCGUAGGCUGGGAUCUAUUGCUGGCCUUGGGCAGGGGGGGAUUCAGGUGGAAAAAUCCCGUCUUUCUACCUCCAGAAUCCCUAAUUAUUGGGUUUUCCUUUUGAAUUGGAGCUCAAGGUCCUCCGAUCGGGUGGGUCUCCGGAGAAAGUUUGGAUUUUAGAGCGGUUGGUCGGAUUCUAACCGGGAACUAUGCUUUCCGAUGAGCCUGGUGUCUUGGAGUAGAUGAUUCAUUUGGGUUUCAGCUUCUCAUUUUCUUCCCCAAAAGCUAACUAGAGCUAGCAUUUCAUAUCUUAGGCCCAAAGCUAGUGUCUUUUUUUCCUAUGCUUAUGAUUAAGGAAAUCCAAGCGUCAAAACCUGUCUUUUUUCAAGUUCAAAACUUUCAUAACUAGAAGAAAACCUGUCUUUUUUCAAGUUCCAAACUUUCAUAACUAGAACAAAAGGAGGACAUCAGUUUUACUUCUUUACGGCUAAUUAGAGCAGGGAAACCUUCUUAGAUAAAAUGCAAAACAAAACAAGAAUCCAUGCCCACCCAUCCCUCGACCAAGAUCAGUUUGACCGUAUACCAGACUCUCUGGUCCUCCUCAUACUCAACAAGAUUGCUGAUGUCCGGUCCCUUGGCCGCUGCUCUGCAGUGUCCAAGCGAUUCAAUUCCCUGGUUCCUCUAGUCCAUGAUGUCUAUGUUAAGAUCGACCGUGUUGUCACUGUUGAUGGUGAAUAUGAUGAUGCCUUCAACCUGUCCUCCCCGAAGCCUCGAAAUCUUUUCUCCCACUUUCUAAAGCUUAUGAUCUUCACCCUUAGUAAACCCUUCCACCAUCUUCGCAACACCAAUGGUGGGCUCAAACCCCUCUUCCCACAGCUCUCCCACUACUCGCCUGCACAAGUCCUGAAAAACUUCACCCACAUCCAAAAUCUCAGAAUCGAACUCCCUGCUGGAGAUGUUGGAACAGAAGGAGGAGUGAUUUUGAAGUGGAGGGCAGAGUUUGGGAGUACCCUUCAGAAUUGUGUGAUCUUGGGAGGUACACGGGUAGACCGAAAACCAGCGUCUACUGAACAGCAAACAGGAUUAGAAGACAACGGGAGCAUACCAGAAUCUUUCUACAUAAAUGGAGGGCUGAAACUUCGGGUGGUCUGGACAAUCAGUUCCCUGAUUGCUGCUUCCACAAGACAUUAUCUUCUGAGACCAAUCAUCAACGACCACCCAACACUGAAGAGCUUGGUCUUGACCGAUGCUGAUGGGCAGGGGACAUUGAGUAUGGGGCUAGAGCAGCUGAAGGAGUUCAGGGAGAAGCCAUUGGCAGCCUCAGCAUCUUCAAACAGGACACAGGUUCCUGCAUCCAAUAUGAAGUUGAGAUAUGCUCCCUACUUGGAGCUCCCUGGUGGGAUGGGAUUGCAAGGAGCCACAUUGGUGGCUAUCAAGCCCUCUCCUGUGGGAAGUAGUGGUAGCAAAAGCAGUAGGAAGGAGGCUGAUGCCUUUGUUUGUGGAGCAUUUGAUGGCCCACAUAAGGCUGCAGCAAAGGCAUUGAUGAAGCGGCGGACUUACCUUUUGGAAAUGAAUGGUUUCUAGAUGAGUGUUUUGCUUUCUUUUUGUCCCUAUUCUGGAACCAAGAGGACCUUUCUCUGCUUGGUUGAGGUGUGUGGUAGCUAUCUGUCGUUUGUGUUCAUUCUUCUUGCAUCUGUACAGUAAUAAUGGAUGGUUAGAUUUAUGUCAGGAUAUAUGAAUGGAGUUUUAUCUCUGUAAUUUCCUGUUGCUUUUGGAUAUGCGAUGUUGCUGGCUUCACUCUCCAAACUUCUGUAUUUGUUGGGUCUGAUUUUGUCAUCUCACAGUUUGUUCACCAGUUCCUUCAUUCUGAAAAAUGAUGGAUUAACUUCUGUUUCCUUC